AUGGAUGAACGCCUACGUGUGAUUGACGUGUAUUUCAGCCUACGGGCGGCUUAUCCUCCAGCCUUCCUCUCCUGGUUUCGAAAUGGCCUCCUGGCAUCCGGCAUCGGGGUCAUCUCCUUCAUGCAGAGUGACAUGGGUCGGGAAGCUGCCUAUGGCUUCUUCCUGCUGGGUGGCCUGUGCGUGGUGUGGGGCGGCGCCUCCUACAUGGUGGGCCUGGCAUCGCUGCGGGGACCUAUGCAGCUCUCGCUGGGGGGCGCGGCUGCGGGCGUGGGUGCCGUGCUGGCCGCGGGCCUGCUCUGGGCCUGUGCUGUCGGCCUGUACAUGGGCCAGCUGGAGCUGGACGUGGAACUGGUGCCUGAGGACGAUGGCUCGGCCGCUGCGGAAGGCCCGGACGAAGCGGGGCGACCACCGCCGGAGUGAGCAGCCGGGCCCGGGGGAAGGACCAAGGACCUGAGGCCUGAGGCCGCUUCAGACGGGCCAGGGUCCAAGGACCAGGACAUUAAAACCUGACCCUUCCCUCCC